AGCUUAAAAAUUCUUGAGCUCUAAAUUGCCUUUUCUUUCUCUUCUCUCUUUAAGAAAAAGAUGGCUUUAAAAUGGCUUUUGAACUCUGCAUUUACUGAAGUUUUCUCUGGUUAUGGCAUGGUCAGUAAUAGUGUUGCUGUGCAGAGAAGUGAGGUUAUAGCUUGCCCAAAGAAUAAUAAUGGAGAAGUAACGAGAAAAGAAGAAUACCCAAAUGGGUUUCAAGUGCCUCUUCACUACCCAAGGUACAAGAAAGCUGAUUAUGAGAAGAUGGAAGAGUGGAGACUUGAUAUGCUUCUUAAGGAGUAUGGACUUAGUUUUAAGGGUACCCUUCAUCAGAAAAGGGCAUUUGCUAUGGGAGCUUUCCUUUGGCCAGACCAGCUUUGAAUAAUUACAUGCUGCUUAAUUAAUUUCGAGUUCAAUAA